AUUUCUUUCAAUCUUGAUGCCAACUCUAUUUCCACAUUGUUGAGUUCUUUCAUGCUGCUAAGUGAAAGUAAUCGAAAAGGAUGGAGAGGAAAAUCAUUACGAAAAUUUCCCUGAGAUUCAUCUUUGUGUUCCCUUUUUUGUUAUACUCUUGUGCUGAAAAUUCUGCAACUUUAACCAGAUUAAGAAGCAUUAGUGAUGCCAAAGGAGAUAUACUUAUUUCUCCUGGAAAGAAAUUUGAAUUGGGUUUUUUUACUCCCGAUGGAAGUUCAGGGUACAGGAGAUAUCUCGGAAUUUGGUAUUAUGGUUCAAAUCCAAGAACAGUGGUUUGGGUUGCAAAUCGGGAUAAACCCAUUUCAGAUGACACCGGAGCAGUCGUUUUCUCCGACGAUGGUGACCUAAAGUUGCUUGACGGGAGUGGGGAAGUUUACUGGUCGACCAAUCUCGAAAAGUCAUCAAAUUCUCUGAACAGGGAAGCUGAACUAAUGGAUUCAGCGAAUCUGGUGGUGAGGGAAGAAGAAGGUCAGCCGGCGACAGCGAGCAUUCUCUGGCAGAGUUUUGGAAACCCAACAGACACAUUUCUCCCCGGAAUGAAAAUGGAUGAAAACAUGGUUUUAACUUCCUGGAAAGGCUCCGAUGACCCUGCUCCGGGGAACUUUACUUUUCGGCAAGAUCAAGAAGGGGUUAAUCAAUUCAUCGUUUGGAAGAGAUCGACUAGGUACUGGAAAAGUGGUGUUUCGGGAAGAUUUAUCGGUCCAGACGGAAUGCUAUCGGCCAUGCCGUCGCCGAUCACUUACCUACUGUCAAAUUUCACCGCCCCUGUUUUACACAACGAAUCCAUGCCGCAUCUUUCGUCGGAAUUGUACAGCAACACUAGGCUGGUGAUGAGUUCCUCGGGAGAACUUCAGUAUCUGAAGUGGGAUUCUGCAAAGAUCUGGUCUUUGAUCUGGGGCGAACCCAGGGAUCAAUGCAGCGUCUAUAAUGCUUGUGGGAGUUUUGGCAUUUGCAAUGACAAGAACGAUUUGAUGUGCAAGUGUCUUCCUGGGUUCGUACCAGGCUCACCGGUGAACUGGAACGGCAGGGAUUUUUCCGGUGGAUGUACCAGGAAGUCGAGGAUAUGCAACAAGAAUGGGGAGACUGACGGUUUCUUGAGAUUGAAUAUGGUGGAAGUGGGAAAUCCAGAUACCCAGUUUAAGGCUAAGAAUGAAAUGGAAUGCAAAUUGGAAUGCCUUAACAACUGCCAAUGCCAGGCUUAUUCAUAUCAAGAAGCUGAUGAUGCUGCACGGCUCAGUGGGGGCAGCAGCGGAGCAGCAUGCUGGAUUUGGUUGGAGGAUCUCAACAAUCUUCAAGAGGAGUAUGAGGGCGGCCCGAACAUCUAUGUACGGUUGGCAGCUUCUGAUUUAGAAUCUAAAGGAAGAAGUUGUGAGACCUGUGGCACAAGCUUGAUCCCAUAUCCCCUUAGCACUGGACCAAAAUGUGGUGAUGCCAUGUACCUCAGUUUUUAUUGCAACAUCACCUCUGGUGACCUUACAUUUGAGGCACCUGCUGGCACAUAUAGAGUGACUAGCAUAAAUCCAGAAACACGAAAAUUUAUCCUUCAGAUGAAGCCUGCUGAUUAUUGUCAAGAUGGAAAUUUAAGAUAUGAAAUCUUCCAGUUCAAGAAAUCGUCUCCAUUUCAUGUUACUAGCUGGUGCACUGCAGAUGAAGUAGAGAUAGCUUGGGAUCCUCCUCCAGAACCAACCUGCUCUUCCUCUGCAGAUUGCAAGGAUUGGCCAAAUUCAACUUGUAAUGUAACUGGUGAAGGGACGAAAAGGUGCCUUUGUAAUACAAACUUCCGAUGGGAUAGGCCUAGUUUGAACUGCACUGGAGAAUAUUAUGGUGAGAAGAGAUAUGGGGUUUCAGGUGGGAAGAUGCCUAUAUCUUUGAUCCUUGUUAUAGCUUUUCUAAGUGCAGUUGUUGUGGUCAUUCUAUCAAGCACCAUAGUUUAUGUAUACCUGUAUAAUAGAAAAAUGGCCAAAGGACAAGGACAUUGGGGAAGCAUUCAGAGAAACUCUGCACUUCACUUGUAUGGCAGUGAGCAACAUGUCAAAGAUUUAAUUGAUUCUGGUCGGUUCAAAGAGGAUGACACAGACGGCAUAGAUGUACCAUUUUUCCAUCUGGAAAGCAUACUAGCUGCUACCAAUAACUUCUCUAAUGCAAACAAGUUGGGACAGGGCGGAUUUGGUCAAGUUUAUAAGGGUAAAUUCCCUGGAGGACAAGAAAUUGCUGUAAAGAGGCUCUCAAGUUGUUCAGGACAAGGCCUUGAGGAAUUCAAGAAUGAGGUUGUACUGAUUGCAAAACUUCAGCAUCGGAAUCUUGUUAGGCUUUUAGGCUAUUGUGUUGCAGGAGAAGAAAAGAUGUUACUCUAUGAAUACAUGCCUAACAAAAGUUUAGACUCCUUCAUAUUCGAUCGGAAGCUGUGUGUUGUAUUGGAUUGGAACAUGCGCUACCGCAUAAUUCUAGGAAUUGCUCGAGGGCUUCUGUACCUCCACCAGGAUUCAAGGUUAAGAAUAAUCCACAGAGAUCUGAAAACAAGCAACAUUCUGCUAGAUGAGGAGAUGAACCCCAAAAUUUCUGACUUUGGGUUGGCAAGAAUAUUUGGAGGCAAAGAAACAGCUGCAAACACAAACAGAGUAGUUGGAACUUACGGCUAUAUGUCUCCUGAGUAUGCACUGGAUGGCCUUUUCUCAUUCAAGUCAGAUAUAUUUAGCUUUGGUGUUGUUGUAAUUGAGAUCAUAAGUGGAAAACGAAACACAGGAUUCUAUCAGCCUGAAGAAUCAUUGAGCCUUUUGGGAUAUGCAUGGCACUUGCGGAAAGGGGAGAAGGGAUUAGAUCUGUUGGAUGAGACACUGCGUGAAACUUGCAAUGCGGAGGAAUACCUGAGGUGCCUGAACGUUGGCCUCUUGUGUGUACAAGAAGACCCUGGCGACCGCCCCACCAUGUCAAAUGUUGUAUUUAUGCUCGGCAGCGAAACAGCCACUCUUCCUACCCCAAAACAACCAGCGUUUGUUGUCAGGCGGUGCCCGUCUAGCAGAGCCACUUCCUCUAGCAAACCGGAAACGUUUUCGCAAAAUCAGAUGACAGUGACUUUGGAAGCUGGCAGAUAGUAGAAGGGUUAAAUUUUAGAAGAGGCCAAUUUUAGUUGUGUACCAAAAUGUUUCUGUUUUUGGUUCUUAUUGUAUCUUAACUGUAUAUCACUUUACUUUUCAGUUGUGGUUGGAAAAUUUUGCGUUUGUGUUGGGUUUGUUUUGGCCCCAUAACUGGAAAUUUG